CGUUUUAUGUCUAAGUAAGCAUGUUCAUUUCUACUAUAAAACCAGCCAAAGUUAAUAUUUUUGAAGAACUGUCUGCUGAAGUGUGAGUGAAAUUUGCCCAGACAUGGAUACUGUAUCAGACUCGAUGCUUGUGAGGGGAUUGGUGUUCAUAGGUGGCUUCACAGUGCUGUAUUACAUGCUCAAAUGGUCCUGGAUUUGCUGGUGUGGAUUCAGAGUAUAUGUGCUGUCAAAAGUUUGGCAAACUGAUUUAAAGGCAUAUGGACAAUGGGCAGUUGUCACAGGGGCUACCGCAGGGAUUGGCAAAGCUUAUGCAAAUGAGUUGGCCAGAAGAGGUCUGGACAUUGUACUGGUCAGCCGGUCAAAAGAUAAACUCCACAUUGUCGCCAAGGAGAUUGAGAGCCAACAUGGACGCCAGACCCAGAUCAUCCAGACAGACUUCACAGAGGGCCAUGACAUCUACCCUGCUAUAGCUGAGGCACUACGGGACCUGGACAUAGGCAUCCUGGUUAACAAUGUAGGCAUAAACUAUUCUGACAAGUUGGUACAUUUCCUGGACAUUCCCAACCCUGAGCAGAGAAUCACCCAUGUGAUCAACUGUAACAUCCUCUCUGUCACCCAGAUGACCAGACUGGUUCUCCCACGCAUGGUUUCAAGAGGGAACGGUCUGAUCAUCAACAUGUCUUCAGAGGCAGGUGCUCAACCACAACCCAUGCUGUCUCUCUACUCCGCCACCAAGAUUUUUGUGACAUAUUUUUCCAGAUCUCUGAAUUCAGAGUACAAGUCACAGGGAAUAACAGUUCAGUGUGUAGCUCCCUUUAUGGUGUCCACUAACAUGACCCACAACUUGCCCCCCAACCUGUUGUUGAAGAGUGCAAGUGCUUUUGCCCGUGAAGCUCUGAACACAGUGGGUCACUCUAGCUACACCAGCGGCUGUGUCUCUCACGCUCUUCAAAACAUUGCUCUGUCCAUUUUCUUCCCUGAUUGGCUACGCCUUUCAUCCUACUGUGUGAAGCAGACAGAGAAAUUUGCACAGAGCAUGGAGAAGAAAAUUGAUGAAAUGACAGAACUUUCGGCAAGCAAAGAGGACUAAGGAGUGCAAAGGAGGUUGCUACUGAAACGUUGGUGGUGCUUUAAAGAGGUCAUAUUGGAAAUUGAUAUGAGAAGUUUUACUUCAUAUGUAGAGAACUAAUUAAUCAAUGUUACUGUUUGUGCAUUGACUGCCAUUGAAAGGUAUUGGUAAUAGGAAAGAGAUUGUGUAAUGUUGAUGUGAUGUAAACAAGCUGACCCCAAAUCCAUCAUGAACUAUAUAGCCUGAGUGCAGCAGAGUAUGAUCUGUGGGAGACUCUCAAACAGGCUUCUACAGUACAUAUAUUAGCUAUAUACUUAUUAGGGAUAUAGACUACAACAUUAUAACUGAAUGCUUGAACAUAUGCAUGUUCUGGUUGAUUUGGACUUUUAACAGAGUACAAUUUUUGGUAUCAAACGUCACAUUUUUCUCAAUUUUCUUAGAAAUAAAUAGAAAGACAAUUACUUUUGUUUAUUUUAUUGCCUUUUGCCAACCCAUUCACAAAUGACUGUCAAAUUGUUGUUACUGAGUAACAUAUGUGUAAAGGAAACAGUAUGUUAUAAAAACGCAUGUUUAAUGUAA